GAACCAUGCUGGGAUUAAACAGGAUUGUGAGUAUCCGGGCAGCGCACAUUCGGAGCUGUGGUUCUCCGGGAAUCAGACUCUCAUCCCGAUCUUCUUCAUGCCAAAACCCCGGUGCCACUUCGAGGAUUUACUGUGCGUGCAUGUUGCUGCUGCUGUUGGUAACACCUCGAGCUGACUCUUCAUGGUGGUACAUUGGGGCACUUGGGGCCCGUGUGAUCUGUGACAACAUCCCAGGUUUGGUGAACAAGCAGCGGCAACUCUGCCAGCGCCACCCAGACAUCAUGCAGGCCAUUGGAGAAGGCACCAAGGAGUGGAUCAGAGAGUGCCAGCACCAGUUCAGACACCAUCGCUGGAACUGCAGCACACUGGAUCGUGACCACACUGUUUUUGGACGUGUUCUGCUACGGAGCAGUCGUGAAGCAGCCUUUGUCUACGCUAUCUCCUCUGCUGGAGUGGUGUAUGCGCUUACUCGUGCCUGCAGCCAGGGAGAGCUGAAGACAUGCAACUGUGACCCACAAAAGCGUGGACGAGCUAGUGAUAAUAGAGGAGAGUUUGACUGGGGCGGCUGUAGUGAUAAUAUCAACUAUGGGAUAAAGUUUGCCAAAGCCUUCAUAGAUGCCAAAGAGAGGACUGUCCGAGAUGCAAGGGCACGCAUGAACCUACACAACAACCGCUGUGGCAGAACAGCAGUGAAACGAUUCAUGAAACUGGAGUGUAAAUGUCACGGAGUGAGUGGGUCUUGCACGCUGCGGACAUGUUGGAUGGCCAUGUCAGACUUCAGAAAGACCGGUGACUACCUGAGGAGGAAAUACAAUGGGGCCAUUGAAGUGACAAUGAAUCAGGAUGGGAUGGGCUUAGGCGUAGCCAACAAAGCCUUCAGGAAGGCCACCAAGAAUGACUUGGUCUACUUUGAGAACUCUCCGGACUAUUGCCUACAAGACAAGGCAGCAGGUUCCCUGGGUACUGCCGGAAGGGUCUGCAAUAAGACAUCACGUGGCACAGAUGGUUGUGAGGUCAUGUGCUGUGGACGGGGCUAUGACACCAUGAGAGUUACACAAAUCACCAAGUGCGAGUGCAAAUUCAAAUGGUGCUGUGCUGUGGAGUGUAAGGACUGUGAGGAGGUUGUGGACAUACACACAUGCAAGGCCCCCAAACGAGCUGACUGGUUGGACCAGACCUGAGGGCACAUCCCUCUGCCUGCUGUAUUGCAACCCCGCCCCUUUCCCCUUUGCAGGACAUCCUGUGGAACAUGGCAUUCUGGGAAAGUCUGACCGAAAGUGCUCUGUGUCUCCGCCCUCCCCUGCCCCCAUCUCGGUUUAUCAUUGCAUGGCUUUUCUAACUGUCUCUGUGAAAGCACUAGAAUUCAGUACCCAUCAAUAUGAGUUAAUAACCAUCAGCCCCCGUUUGCGAAUGACCUUGUGGCUAAACUGCUGAGAUCAGAUGAUAAACAGUGAAACCAGUUUGAAGUUUGGGUGGAUUAGGCUUUUAUCAAAGAUUCAGUCCAGACUGUUUUUCUAGCAAGUGGUUCUGGGCUUAAAAUGGUUUGCUGCUUUGAUGAUACUUUCAAGACAAAUUUUUACAUUAACUGAGCCUACAAACAUAUCCAGUAUUAUUACUCCAUCAUAUACUUACAUAAUGUUCUUUCUUAUUUUGGGGAAAUACACUUUUAUCUACCAAAAAUAAUACUUGGUGGGACUUAGAGAAGUAGCUUGACAAGUGCACUGUGAGAAAUGAACAUCUAAGCAAGUUUGGCUCUUUGUGGCCAAACAGAAGUCCAGGCACAGGACUACCAGAGGACAUAGAGAUGGACACCAGAUGAGUAAAUGGACAGAUGUGUCACUGGAACUUUAAAUACAAUUGUUAAAAAAAAAAGCUGUUUAAAAGUGAUUUAUUUAAACUGUAAAGUGUUGUUUCAUUUGUCAUCUAUGGAUGAGACUGCACUACAUUGGUUGACAAGAGGAGAAGAGAGAACAGCACCAAAAUUAUUGUGACUACAUGGUAUUCAGUGGUUAAGAUGACGAACUGCCGAUGAGAAGAAGAAGAAGAAGAAGAAGAAGAAGAAAAAGAAGCAGCAGUCUUGGAUGUUCAUUCAGUCGCAUGUAACCAUAGUAUUGGACAAAUAUCAUUUCUCUUCUCCCCAGCUUGCUU